AAGCGCCUUGUUUGACACUGAAGAAGAAGGUAUGCAUUACUCAGUCUAAUACUUGCACUUUAAUCAAACGUAGUCAAGAACUCAAGAUCAGAUGCUAAAAGCUUAGUGUAAAAUACUAAAUGUUUCGCACUCUGAAAAUGUAUUUUGGGAACAGACGAACUCGAACAAGAAAUUUUUGCAUCAGUAUUGGACUGUUUUUCUGUAUUAUUUACAUUAUCAGAGUAAAUCAUACAGGCCUGUACAUAGUGAAAUACCCAGGUGAUCAACAAAACAGGAACUUUGAUGAAUACCUCAUGAAAUAUGAAAACAACUAUUGGACAAAGACUGAUACGAAGAAAAUUCUUUUCUGGACGCCAUUCUUUAACUCCUGGGUCUGGUUGGAUGAUGCUGUGAAAGCACUGAAAACAUGCCCUGUGUCAUGUAGCGUUACCAAUGACAGGGCAACAUUAGAAGACAGUGAUGCUGUUUUGUUCCAUGCUAAUGAUCUCUGGAAACACAAAGGAUUUUUUGCCACCAUACACAAUGUUGAUGUUGAAAUGCCUUACACGAGAUCACCAAACCAGAUUUGGGCUGUGUUAAGCUGGGAACCACUGAUGUACAUGUGGGGAACUAUCAAACCACACGUGUUUAACUGGACGAUUAUGUACAGAAGGGAGUCAACCAUAUAUAACCCAUUUACCAGCUAUUACAAAAUGUCAGAUGAAGAGUUAAACCAGCAACCAAAGGCAAAGGAGACAACCAAUUACUUCAAACAGAAAUCAAAAUUUGCCACUACGUUAGUAAGCAACUGUAAGGAUCAAGCAAGACGGUACAGAAUUAUUAAGGAACUUCAGAAGUAUAUUGACUUGGACUACUUCGGCUACUGCUCGGGGAAUAUAAAUUGCCCAGCUGGAGUUCCGGCUUCGGAAUGUGGACACAAGCAUCUUAAGCAUUACAAGUUUUACCUCGCUUUUGAAAACAGUUAUUGCAGAGAUUACGUAUCAGAGAAAUUCUGGAAUGCAGUGGACCGCAGACAAAUUCCUGUAAUUGCUGCAACAAAGUACAACACAGAAUUGUUACCUCCAAAGUCAUAUUUAAAUGUAUUUGAUUUUCCAAAUAUAAAAGCUCUUGCAGAGCAAAUGAUUGAAAUUGGUCAAAACGAGACCUUGUUCAAUAGUUAUUUUGAUUGGAUGCAAUCGUACAAAGUGGAUUCUACGUCAUCUUACUGCCGAAUGUGCAAGGAGCUACAUGCAAAUAGACCGGCCCAGAGCUACGCUGACAUGGAAGGCUGGUUACAAGAUGACGUCUGCUAUAAGAGUACACCAUGGUCUCUGGUGAGCGAGUUCCUGGACAGACUCAUGUUCGACUUAGGAUUCUGAUGAGAUGGGUCACCAGUCUCACCACAGGCAUUCAUUCCAACCUGAAGUCAGUCAGUUGGCCAAGAGGCUGGCUUUUCCUAUACAGAAAACUCAGGUCCUUUUAGUCCCUUAUUCCCAAUGUAUAUCAUGAUUGUCUGUAACUAUUUUUUUUAAAGCAUCAGUUUGAUUGUGCAUAUUUCUGUAAUGACUGUAUUCAUGGUAAUUUAUAAAAACAUUUGGUAUUUUUUACAGACACAUAUAUUAUUAUUUUUUUUAUACAGUGCAAUCUUUUUCAUAAAGUUAAAAAAAGCACUUCACUAUCUAUUUUUUAUAAUAACUGGUAACUGAAUAUUAAUUUAAAAACAAGACUUCCAAUUAUCAUAUUCAUGACAUUGUGUAAAUUAAAUGUACUUGCAGUAGUGCUGCUAUUUAAAGAUUAGAAACAAGGAAAAAUCACACAAGGGAAAGCCUUUUUUUCAAAAGAAAUUAAACAAGAUUAAUAUGUCACAAUCUAGUUUUGACACAUGAGAAAAAGUUCCAAAUAUGCUGGUUUAUCUUUGCAAAGACUUACCUCAAACUUAUAUUACAACCAGGCCUUUUCUUGGCCAUUUUCGGAAGAAUCUGAUUUUGGGAUAGGAAAUAUUUUUUACAUGAAAAGUUCACUGGGAAAACAAUUAUUUAAUCUAACUCUUUAUCAUAAUUUAAAUUAUGAGAACAUAUUCAUAUUGAUCAUAGUAGCAUACUGAAUCAGAUGUUAUUGAAAUAUUUAGAGAUAUAAUAAUCACUAGACACUAAUUUAAAAAAGAAAAUGAUUCAAAUUGGGGAAUUUUUACUAUUGCACUUUGGGAAAAGCUAGGAAAAGCGCUGACAACAGUUGAUUUGUAUAGUGUUAUGUUAUAUGCUAGUGGAAUCACAUCUGGCAUUCUAUUUUAUGAAGCAAAUUUACAUGUUGUACCACAAUAUCAUAAAUAAUGCUAGUGUAAUUGAGUGGGCUGUGCAUAUUUAGCUAGCAUGUUUUCUUUUUUAUAUUACAUUAUAUAUUGAUGUACAUAUACAUCAAGUUUAGUUCAUAUGUUGUUGUGUUCCUUUAAUAAUUUUACAUUAAAUGUUGUGUUAUUUACAGUGAUUGCAUUUAUUUGUUUCCAAGUCAUAUUACCAUUUAUUGUUCAUAAUUUUAACACAAUAUUGUUUGCCUAGAUUGAUGUUCAAUGUUUGUUAUAACGUUAUGCAUCUGUUCAUAAACCAAUAUCCGUUGACUAAACUGUGAUAUUCAUGUUUUGUAUAAAGUCAUAGAAGUGUUCAAUACUGUUUUGUUUUCAUAGUCAAUUUUUUUUGUAUUGAUAUGUAUUACUAAAGUUUAAAUGGUAAGGAUCAGUCAUUUAGCUUUGUAACAAUGAUGAGUAAGUAAGAGAAUGACUUUUUUAUGCAUCUUUUAAUAAGCAUACAUACAACUCAAACUCAUGUUUUUCUCUCAAGAUAUAUAAUGUAUUAUUUUACUUUCUAUUUUAUACUCACUAGUGUUUUUUAGUGUUUCUUCAGAUUUGUUAAACUAUGGUAUUUUUACUGUCACUCUUUACAUAUUGUUUGUAUUGGGUGUUCAUGAUUUUUUUGAUUUUUUAUUUUACAUAAGUAUAUCUGUUUGAUUGAGCGGUUUCAAGUCAACAACAAUGUAGACAAGAAGUUAUUAUUGUAUUAUUGUGUUAAUGUGUUUGUUUAAUUAAACCAUAUUUACUGACACACAUAAAGUCUUUGUAAAUAUUGCCAUGAAGUCUUGGAUUGUUAUGUUACAUGAUUUGUUGUUUACUUCAUAUAUACAACAUUUUCCCUGUAAACUGUCUGAAAAGUUAUCUUAUGUAUUUUAGCGUAUGUGCACAUUACAUUUAACAAUCAUGUUCAAUAUUUCAUUUCGAAAGGGUGUUUUUUGUAUGCAGUUGUUUUUUAUACAGACCUAUUUUUAUGCCCCAUUCAGAGAAGAGGGGGUAUAUUGUUUUGCUAGAUGUCGGUUGGUCUGUCAGUAGACCAGUUCGUUUCCUAUCAAUAACUGGUCAGUGGAUUUUCUGAUUGGCUUGAAACUUCACGUGUGGAUUGGCCUUGGACAGUACAUUGAAAUUGGGGUCACUAAUUCAAAUGUCAAGGUCACAGUCACAAUAAGUGUGAAAAUCGUUUCUGAUCAAUAACUCGUCAACAAAUUGACCGAUUGGCUUGAUACGGCUUGAUACUUCACAUGUGCAUUCGCCUUAGACAGUAGAUGACCCCUCUUGAAAUUGGGGUCACUAGGUCAAAGGUCAUAGUUACUGUCACAACAAGUGUGAAAAUCGUUUCCGAUCAAUAACUCUUCAACAAAUUGACUGAUUGGCUUAGUACUUCACAUGUGCAUUGGCCAUGGACAGUAGAUGACCCUUAUAGAAAUUGGGGUCACUAUGUCAAGGUCAAGUUCACUGUCACAAUAAGUGUCUAAUCAUUUUUUAUCAAUAACUUGUCAACCAAUUGACCAAUUGGUUUGAUACUUCACAUGUGCAUUGGCCUUGGACAGUAGAUGACCCAUAUAGAAUUGGGGUCACUAGGUCAAAGGUCAAAGUAACAGUCUCAAUAAGUGUGAAAAUCGUUUAUGAUCAAUAACUCGUCAACCAAGUGACUGAUUGGCUUGAUACAUCUUCACAAUAUUUGAUAUAUUCAUUAUCAAAAUACAUUAUCAUUAUUGGCGAACAGGCUUUAUUAUUUUUUUGAUAUUGUUGAUAACUUUCUCUUUUAACAGCAGUGAAAUGGUAUAAUUAAAGAAUCUUUAAAUUCUGAAAAAUCUGAGUAAAAGACUAAUUUAUCAUUAGAACUUCAUUAAGAUGUAUACAAUACGUCACAUUGGCCUUGGACAGUAGAUGACCCUAAGUGAAAUUGGGGUCACUAGUUCUAACCUCUGUUUGGGGGGGGGGGGCAUAUGUCUCCGACCGCGGAACUCUUGUUUUAAUAAGAGUUCAUUUUGCUACUUUUUGUUAAUAAAAGAAAAAGCAUAUGA